GAAGAAAAAGAAAAAUCGUUCUAUACUUGGGUCCAUUCGAGGAAAAAAAUCGAAAAAAGCCAAACGGAGUCUAACGGAUGUAUUUGAAGAAGAAGCAAAGAAGUUAAACGUUGAGAAUGAGAAAGUGCCUGUGAAAGAAGUUCAGCAGAUACCUGUUGCAGACGUACAAUUCUCUAUUGAAAGAGAAAAUUCAAAAGAAUCUGAUAAAAUGGAAGUAUCGGAAGACAGUUCCAGCAAAGGGCCAAAGAAAAAGAAGAAGAAAAUGAAAAUACCAUCUUUUCGGAAAAAAAAGAAAGAAGACGGGAAAUCCGAAGUUCAGCUGCAUGUAGCUACGGUUGCUCAACCAUCCUCUUCUCAGAGCCCGGCAUCACCACUGGUCAGUUCUCCAAAACAAACGAUGGAGCAAAUUACGACAAUACCGGAAGUAGCAAUCAGACAGCAUCAAGUACCGGUCCAGGAACACCCACGUGUUCACAGCUACUCUUACGAAUCUCCGGACCACUUUAUAGAUACUGAGAAUUCGGAACAUUUACUGUCAAGGGAAGAAAGAAAUAAAUCCAAACAGUUUGCUUCCAUGAGAUUACCCAAAAAUCAACAACGUCCCGUGGUACCAGUGCUGCCAUUUAUAAAAGAGGAGGGAAAAUCUGUUCACUUGAAUGAAAAGGAAAGUGUAAUAAUUGUGGAUGAAGAGCUGCCACCAAAUAUUAAUAAGAAAGUUCGUCAAGAGUCAAAAAUAUUUUCUUCAAUUAGAAAAAAGAUGACG